AUACAUAGCUCGUCUGAUAUACAGUGGUGUGUCAGUCCAACUUUCAGCAUACCGUAUUUGAAGUGCUACAGGAAAAUGAUUACCCACCAUGUUUUAAUGAAGUGCUCUCAAUUACUCAUUUCAUAGAUAAAAGAUUUCAAGAAGUGAAAAACAAGUGAAGUACACAUUGUAAUAAGUACUUUCUAUAAAAGUUCCAUAGUGUAUAUCAAUUUUAAAGUGUGGCCAGACAUUUUAGUGGAUCAACGAACGUCUGCAAUAGUAGCACUAUGAUCGAAAAAGUGAUCACCUUGUUGGCAUGUCUGGCUGUUGCAGCCGCCAGGGACAUCAAAUCAAUUUGUGCAGAUCAGACCUCGAACCAGCUGUGGCCUCACGACAGAGACUGCGGCCAGUUCUACCAGUGCAGCAACGGAGCCCCCGUCGAGCACAGCUGCGCGCCGGGGACGCACUUCAACCAGAAAAUACAAGUUUGUGACUUCCCCGCGCAUGUCAACUGCAGUAAAACAGUCCAAGAUGAAGAAAUAAACUAUGAGCAGAUCGCUCAAGCGACCUGCGCGGGCGCAGCGACCGAGGGGCUCCAGCUCGCUCACCGCAACUGUAGCCAAUUCUACAAGUGCUCGCAUAGUAAACCUUACAUUCUAGACUGCCCCGCUGAUCUCCUCUACAACGCUACCACUCAGACAUGCGACUGGCCUGAACUUGUAAGCUGUGAUGGUAGAAUACAGGGGGUAUCACCUACCAACAAUAGCACACAAGACAGCAAACCAGACACACAGGGUUUACAAAAUAUAAAUGCCACUGAACUUUGCGCCUCGAAAGGAUCUGAAGGACUACUGUUACCGCAUGAAAACUGCAGCAAUUUUUACAAAUGCGCCGGCGGCAAAGCAGUCGCUCUGGAGUGCCCAGUGAACUUGUUGUACAAUGCUGAAACAAAACAAUGUGAUUGGCCUGAAAAUGUUAACUGUGAUUACAGGACAUCAUCAUUGCACGACGAACCUGUAAAUGAUGAAAUCCACAGGAAGUACAACUCGAGUGCUGUCGAAGCCUGUGCCACCGAGGGUUCAGACGGUAAACUCCUUCCACAUGCGAAUUGCAGUAAAUUUUAUGAAUGUGCCCACGGAUUACCGUAUGCAUUCGACUGUUAUACUAGCCUUCUUUUCAAUACCAAAAAAGAACAAUGUGAUUGGGUGGAAGAUGUCGACUGCGGCGAUAGGAAUGGAUCAUCGAAGGUGGCCCUUUCACCAUCAUCAUUGAAUGUAAUACCAGUUAUAGUUAAUUCUAAGGAUAGACAAGUAGAUCUAAAUUCGGAAGCAGUUGAAGCUUGCUCUCAAGAUAAUUCUGAUAGUGUACUUUUGCCACAUGAAAAUUGUAAUCAGUUUUAUGAGUGCGCUAGCGGAGUUCCCGUGGAGUUCGAUUGUUUCCCCGGACUCAUGUACAGCCCUGAGAGGAAAGUGUGUGAUUGGGCGGACUCAGUAGAUUGUGGAACUCGAAAAAUACCCCCACCAUCAAGCACUUUUAGAGCAAAGAAAAAUAACUUUAACGCUAGUGCCGCAGAGGUUUGUAGUAAAGAUGAAUCCGACAGUUUGCUUUUACCUCAUGAGAAUUGUAAUCAAUUUUAUGAAUGUUCUCAAGGUAAAGCUAUUUCAUUCGAUUGCCCAGACGAUUUACUUUUCAACGAAGAUAAGGGAGAAUGUGAUUGGGCAGACAAAGUUAAUUGUGAUGACAGGAAUUCUCCAUCGAGAACUCAAAGGCCAGUAGUUAAACCAAUAGUGAAGUCGUACCCUCUCGAUAUCCACUCAGCAGCCCAAAAAUCUUGUUGCGAUGGUUCGGCCGACCUUUAUAUGGCUCAUGAAAACUGUAAAAAAUACUACAUGUGUAUUCGAAGGAGCCUAGUUUCCCUGACGUGCCCGGACGAUCUCCUGUACAAUGCAGAGAAGAAGCUGUGCAGUACAGCUCGGGAAGUGGAAUGUGGGAAUCGGAAAUCUCCCUUCACAGCGAUGACCCCUAUUGUUAAGAGGAAAAGCCUGCAUUCCGAUGCAGUGGUGGCUUGUGCGGCAUCGAACUCUGAAGGUCUGCUUUUGCCCCACGAAAGUUGCAAUAGAUUCUACGAGUGUGCUCAGGGCAUGCCUGCGAUUCUCGAGUGCCCUGAUGGUCUGCUGUAUGACACGGAGGCGCAGCAGUGUGAGUGGGCCAGUGAUGUGGACUGCCGGGAUCGCCACCGACACGGCACCAGGAAAAUGCCUAUACAUAGGUUCUUAGUGGCAAAGCAACAAAGAUACGAAAUCUAUAAGUAAUACUAUACACUACAGCAUAAAACAGAUAAUUACAUUGGUUAUAAGUAUAUUGGAUAGAUCCACGAGGCGACAAAAGUAUAAUUAGAGACACUAAUUGCCACUAUGCAUUUGUCAUUUUUAUUAUUACGUACUAUCUUGAUUAAAAUUAUUUGAAUACACUUAA